AUGCUCGCCCUGAACCGAAGGAAGAAGCAAGUGGGCACUGGCCUGGGGGGCAACUGCACGGGCUGUAUCAUCUGCUCAGAGGAGAAUGGCUGUUCCACCUGCCAGCAGAGGCUCUUCCUGUUCAUCCGCCGAGAAGGCAUCCGCCAGUACGGCAAGUGCCUGCACGACUGUCCCCCUGGCUACUUCGGCAUCCGCGGCCAGGAGGUCAACAGGUGCAAAAAAUGUGGGGCCACUUGUGAGAGCUGCUUCAGCCAGGACUUCUGCAUCCGGUGCAAGAGGCGAUUUUACUUGUACAAGGGGAAGUGUCUGCCCACCUGCCCGCCAGGCACUUUGGCCCACCAGAACACACGGGAGUGCCAGGGGCAGUGUGAACCGGGUCCCUGGGGCGGCUGGAGCCCCUGCGCGUACAACGGAAAGACCUGCGGCUCAGCUUGGGGCCUGGAGACCCGGGUACGAGAGGCUGGCCGGGCUGGGCAUGAGGAGACAACCACCUGCCAGGUGCUUUCUGAGUCAAGGAAAUGUCCCAUCCAGAGGCCCUGCCCAGGAGAGAGGACCUCCGGCCAGAAGAAGGGCAGGAAGGACCGGCGCCCACGCAAGGACAGGAAGCUGGACCGCAGGCUGGACGUGAGGCCGCGCCAGCCCGGCCUGCAGCCCUGA